AUGGCAAUUAGCUUCUUGGCGAGCGAAAUCUCCGACUUGUGCCUAGGAAAGCCGCCGUUGAGGCCGUUACCGACCACCGCUACCAUCGCGGACGCGGUGCUUGCCCUAAAAACGUCAGGAGAGAUCUAUGUAAGCGUAUGGAGCUCGGAACAUUCCAAUUCUGUGGUGGCAUGUAAUGACACCGGGUGUUGUCGAUGUGUGGGGAAGAUCUGUAUGGUUGAUGUGAUUGUUCAUCUCUGUAAAGAAGAGAAUCUGUCGCAUCCAUUGGAUGCGCUUCAAUCGAACGUUUCGGAUCUGGUUACGAAGGUGAAAGGGCAAAUUAGACAUCUGGAACCGAAUUCGAGUCUCUUGGAGGCAAUAGAUUGCAUACUUGAAGGAGCUCAAAACUUAGUAAUACCAAUACAUAACAAUGCAAGAACCAAUUUAAGGAAAAGCCAACUUACACAAUCUCCCCUUCAUGCCCCUACUCUUCAUUACACUCAAGAAUUUUGUUGGCUAACCCGAGAAGAUGUCUUUCGUUUCCUCCUAAACGCGAUCGGUGUCUUUUCACCCAUACCUACAUUCACCAUAGAAGAUCUAAACAUAAUCACUAAGCAAACACUCACAAUCCACUACGAAGACCCCGCCAUUUCUACCCUACCCUUAAUUUCACACUCACUCUCAGCUCAAACCUCAAUCGCAGUUAUCAACAAAGAUAACCGUUUACUAGGAGAAAUUUCCCCUUUUACCCUCACGUGUUGCGACGAAACUGUAGCGGCGGCAAUUGCAACCCUCUCUGCGGGGGAUCUCAUGGCGUAUAUCGACCAUAAUGGUCCGUCUGAUAAUUUGGUCCACUUGGUCAAGAUGCGUUUACAAGAGAGGAAUUUGAGCGCGAUGUUGGACCUUAUGGAUGACUACUACAACCCGUCGUCAUCUUCUUCUUCGUGUUGCUCGUCAGAUGAGGAAUUCGGGAGUACCAAAAAUGGUGCGGUGGGGCGGUCGAUUUACCCCGGGAGGCGGUCGACUGCGAUUGUGUGUCAUCCGUGGAAUAGUUUAAUGGCGGUUAUGGUUCAAAUGAUUGCGCUUCGUGUUAGUUAUGCGUGGGUGGUUCAAGAGGACUAUACGUUGGUUGGAAUUGUGACGUCCUCCGAGAUUUUAAAGCAGUUUAGGAGUGUCGUAGCCUCGUAG